AUGGCUCCCACUCCACUGUACACACCGCAGGAAGUCCCGCGGAUCAAAAACGCAAAGCGUCUGACCACUACCCGCACCAAGCAGCUGGUGCGCGCGGCCGAGCGCGAACACGACGAUCCACCACCGCCUCCGGAUCUGGGCGACUGUUGUGGGAGCUCGUGCGACCCAUGCGUAACUGAUCUCUGGAAGGAAGAAUUGGCAUGUUGGAGGGAGCGAUGGGGCAACGGUGCCAUUGAGACUAAAGCGAAGAAGAAAGAGAAGAUGCCGGGGAGUUUUGACUGGCGGUGCCAGCGACAAGGACGAGCUUAA